AUACUGCGCCUUUCAAAACUCAAAAAAACUGACAAAGUAACAACUCUGAAUAUCAUAUUAGUUAUUUAAUAUUUAGAUUUUAGACUUACUAAUUACUAUUUACAAUUCAUGCAAUUUAAAAAUACACGAUACACAACAUUUUUUAAAAGUUAAUACAUCUUUCGAGAAUGGAAAUUAGCGAUCCGUAUUUAAAGUACAAGUUUAUUGUGAAGAAAUGGGAAAAUGAAUUUAUCAAAAGCAACAGUCGCAAUCCUAAAAAGGACGAUAUAAAGUUAGCAGAACAAAAAGUGCGAUAUGCUUACAAAAUGUACUGGCAAAUUAAAACUUCUUUACUUGAGAAAACUCUGAUUGGUGAAGUAGAUGAUGCAAAUGAUUCCACAAUUAACGAAACAUUAUUUCUCAGCAAUAUUAAUGAUCAGACAGAAGCAAAUAAAUCAAUCAAUGAUGACCCACCUGUUGAUAUUAAUAAGCCAUCGGUUUGGGGUAAACAUUUGAAUAAUAAGCCUAAGUCUGAUAUAACAACUAAAGUUAAAACCAUUGAAAAUAAUAUUUCUGUAAAAUUUUCAAAGAAAUUAUUUGAUGGUUGCGAUUUUAAGAAAAGAAAUCCUCGAAAAAGUAUUGUAAAAAAGAAAACUAGUGAACUUGAUUGUUCUCAAAAUGUAUCGGACUGUAUUACCAACAUCACAUCUAAUGAUUCUAACACACAGGAGGACAGCGCAUUUCAUGACGAUUCUAAUUUAUCUGUUGUCGCUGCAGAUUCUAAUGUAUUAAUAAACAGUACAGUUCAAAUUUCUAAUAUCUCUAGUUAUAUACCACAGCCUCUAAGCUUACUGCAAAAAUCAAAUAAUAGUUUUGAUUCAUCUCCAAAAAUGAAGACAGUAAAUCGAAAAUUAGAUGAAGGUUGGUUGGAAAGAUGUAAUGAAAAUAAUUCUAAAAUAACUAAUUCAAACAUUAUUGAGCCCGAUUUACAACAUAUAAAAGAAAUUGAAAGUGAUACAGAUGUUGUCUAUGAAAGUGAUAAUGAAACUCAAGAUAUUCCACUAUAUUCAUCUCAAAGAAUUAAAGCUCAAGAAUUUAGUGACAGUCAAAAUAGUUUUAAUCAAGAAACUAAAGUAGAGGAUAAUGACAUUUCAAGAAGCUCUAAAAAACGUUACAAUUCUGAUGAAGAAUUUGAAGAAUGUGCAGUACAGUCAAAAGUAUUAAAAACUCAUGAUCAUGAUAGUGUUCAGUUAUCUACUAAAGAUAGUCGAAAAAAAGUAUUGUUGGAAGCAAAAAUUUCUAGUGGUAAAGCUAGUGAAAACUUUGUAAAAUUAGAUAUGAAAAGAAAAGUUUAUAGUCGUGGCAAACGAUCAGUUAAAACAACUACUUACAAAAAAAAACAGUGGAAAAAUAGAAAGAAGGAACUAGGUGGAGAUUUUUCAGCCACAGAUCGGACAACAUUAUUAAAAUGUUUUAAAUGUGGCGAUAUUGGGCACUAUUCUAAGAAUUGUAUUAAAAGUAAUGAAUUAAUUCCUUUGGAAGAUAUUGGUGAAGAAGAUAGUCCAUUUCUUACUCUUGAAGAAGCUGAACAAUUAGCUCUUGAAAAAAAAGAAAAAGCUCAUUGUAAGAAAUGGGCCCGGGAAUCAAAAGAUCAAAACAAUUCAAUGGAGUAUCUUCCAAUAUUAGAUGAUGUCAAGUCAGAAAAUAUUCCUCCUGUAUAUCAACUUCAGGAUAAUAAUUAUAUUAUUGACACCCCAGAUGAAGUAUUCAAAGCCUUAAAAUUGUUUGGUCAUACCGAAUUUCGACCAGGUCAAGAAAAAGCAAUAAUGAGAGUUCUUUCUGGUCUUUCAACUCUAGUCACAUUAUCAACAGGUUCUGGGAAAUCAUUGUGUUACCAAUUACCAGCAUAUCUGUUUAGUAAAAAAUACAAAUGUAUCACAUUAGUCAUUUCUCCACUCAUAUCAUUGAUGGAAGAUCAAGUUGGUGGAAUAAGCGCAGUAAAUAUAGCAUGUUUGCAUAAUAAUCAAACACCAAAAGAAAGGGACAUUAUUAUGGAAAAACUAACUAAUGGAGAGUUAUCCAUACUUUUACUAUCACCUGAGGCUGUUGUUUCUGGCUUUAAUACAGAUUGGUUAUCAAAACUUCCUCCUAUUGCAUUUGUCUGUCUAGAUGAAGCCCAUUGUCUUUCUCAAUGGUCUCAUAAUUUUAGACCAUCAUAUCUCAUGAUUUGUCAAGUUUUAAGAGAAAAAUUUGGUGUUAAAACUUUUUUGGGUUUAACUGCGACUGCAACUAUUUCAACUGUUUCAAGUAUUGCUAGUGAAUUGAUGUUGGACGAUGAUCCAAAUUCAAUUAUUAAAGAUACUCCUUUACCCGAUAAUCUCAUGUUGAGUGUUUCGAGAGAUAAAGAUCGUGAUAAAGCCUUAAUUAACCUAUUGAAUGGAAAUCGGUUUAAAAAUUGUAGCUCAAUAAUUGUUUAUUGUAUUAGGCGGGAAGAAUGUGAACGAAUUGCUUCAUUUAUUAGAACUACUUUUCAGUCACAACAUAUUUCUAAUGGUAAACGGGGUCAGUUGUCACAAAUUGCUGAGCCAUAUCAUGCAGGAUUAACUGCAGCCAAGAGGAAACGUACACAAAAGUAUUUUAUGGAUGGUCAACUUAAAAUUGUUGUUGCUACUGUUGCUUUUGGCAUGGGAAUAAAUAAGGCUGAUCUGCAGGGUAUUAUACAUUAUAAUAUGGCUAAAAGUCUAGAAAGUUAUGUGCAAGAAAUUGGUCGUGCUGGGCGUGAUGGAAAUGUGGCACAUUGUCACCUGUUUUUGGAAUCUGAAGGGAAUGAUAUUGCUGAACUAAGUCGACAUAUAUACUCAAAUUCUGUUGAUCGUGCGUCCAUUCGAAAAUUACUUGAAAGAGUGUUUGUUAAGUGUAAAUGUAAAGAAAAAGAAUGCACUAAACAUGAAGUGGUCUUUGAAGUAGAAGAUACUGUUUCCAUUUUAGAUAUGAAACAAGAAAAUAUUCAAACACUUUUGUGUUACCUUGAACUAAAUACUAAGAAAUUGGUAAAAAAUUUGCCAUUGUCUUAUAUUCGUUGUAAAAUAACAAGUUAUAAAGGACCACUAUUUUUGAAAAAUUUAUCGAAAACUUGCCCACCUCUUGCUGUUGCUUAUGCCUUGAAAGGAACUUCUGGAAAACCAUCAAACCAACUUGAGUUUUCAAUUUUUAAAGUAGCUUCAGCUAUAGGAUGGGACAGUGGUAUUGUGAAAAAAGAACUAAAAAACUUGGAAUGGUCAAACACCAAUGGAAAAUUUCAUAAAAGUGGAGUGACAGUUGAAUUUUCUUGUCUAGGCUUUAGAGUAUUAGCCCCUGGCAAUAUGGAUGCAGAACAAUUAGAUUCAACUCUUUGCAAUUUAUUUAGUAUAUCACAUCAACAAGAAACUAAAUCACUCUCUGAAUUACAAAAUUGUUUUGAUACAUUUAUGAGGUCUUCAACAUCUACUUCUAUCGAGUGUUGUGAUGAGAUAAAUAUAGAAUUAUGUGAAAAAUUAAAAAGUUCUGUUAGAGAAUAUUUUACCGUUGACAAUUUAUCAAUGCUUAUUCAGAAACCACUUGACGAAAUAGUUUUAAAUGAAACAGAUGAAACCCGAAUAGCAUCUGAUGUUAACCGUAUAUUCAAUAGUUACAUUGAUUGUAAAUUUACUGCUCGGUCUGUAGCUAGAAUAUUUCAUGGUGUUGAAAGUCCUAACUUUCCAGCUUAUGUUUGGGGAAGAUCUCCGUUUUGGCGUAUUCAUAUUAAAAAAAAUUUUAAUGCCGUUUGUAAAAUUGCACAAAAACAAAUCAUUUCUAAUUUAAAAAAAUAAUUUUUGUAAUUUUUAUUGUUUAAUGUUCCAUUAUUUAUUUUGAGAUAUAUUUUUAAUGUAAAAUAAAAUGUUUUAAUUAUAAGUUGAUACUAAUAAUUUGUCUCAGAGCAUAACUCUAUUUUGUAUUUGUAGUAUUGAAUCUUUUACUAGUAAAAUUAAUAAUUUUUACCAGCUGAUUAAUGAAAUCUAAGUGAUGGAAA